AUGGAAGUCACCGCUAGUGAUCACCGAUACGCAAUGGCUACCGGAGAUAGAGCUAUGGUCACUCUUUUGCUUCUACUCAUCGCUACGAUCUCUGGAUUCUCUGUUGUUCAUUGUGUUACUGAUCCAUCUGAUGUUCAAGCCCUUCAAGUUUUGUAUACUUCACUAAAUAGUCCUUCACAGCUAACCAAUUGGAAAAAUGGCGGUGGAGAUCCAUGUGGAGAGUCAUGGAAAGGGAUUACUUGCGAGGACUCAGCAGUUGUCUCUAUAGAUAUAUCGGACUUAGGAGUCUCUGGCACUCUUGGAUACUUGCUCUCAGACUUAAUGUCACUCAGAAAACUGGAUGUAAGCGGAAAUAGCAUCCAUGACACACUUCCAUAUCAGUUGCCACCGAAUCUCACAAGCCUAAACUUGGCGAGAAACAACUUAAGUGGCAAUCUUCCAUACUCCAUAUCUGCGAUGGGUUCUCUUUCCUACAUGAAUGUAAGUGGUAAUUCACUUUCAAUGUCGAUAGGAGAUAUCUUUGCCGAUCAUAAGUCACUUUCAACCUUAGACCUUUCUCACAACAACUUCAGUGGCGAUCUUCCGAGUUCCUUAAGUACAAUCUCCAAACUUUCCGUUCUCUAUGUUCAGAACAAUCAGUUGACAGGUACCAUCGAUGUACUCUCGGUUUUGCCUUUGACUACUCUAAAUGUUGCAAACAAUCAUUUCAACGGAUCCAUACCAAAGGAGCUUAGCUCUAUUAAGACCUUAAUAUUUGAUGGUAAUUCCUUUGAAAACGCUCCUGCAUCUCCACAGCCAGAAAGACCUGGACCAGGGAGAAAAGGGAAACCUCCUGGUCCCAAGAAAGCCAAUAAUAGCUCCGAAGACAAAUCUCCUGACUCUAACAAGGGUGGUUUGUCUGGUGGAGUAGUCACCGGUAUAGUGUUCGGUUCUCUGUUUGUUGCUGGUAUUGUAGCACUUGUUCUUUACUUGUGCCUUCACAAGAAAAAGAAAGUUGGAGGAGGAAGCACAACAAGAGCUUCUCAAAGAAGUCUUCCAAUUAGUGGAACAACUGAGAUGCAAGAGCAGAGAGUGAAGAAUGUAGCAUCAUCAGUUGCAGACUUGAAAUCUUCUCCUUCAGAAAAAGUAACCGUUGAUCGAGUUAUGAAGAACGGGUCUAUAAGUAGAGUGAGGUCUCCAAUCACUGCUUCACAGUACACUGUUUCCUCUCUGCAAGUAGCAACAAAUAGCUUUAGUCAAGAAAACAUCAUCGGUGAAGGGUCUUUAGGCCGUGUCUAUAGAGGAGAGUUCCCUAAUGGAAAGACAAUGGCGGUUAAGAAGAUUGACAAUGCGGCACUCUCGUUGCAAGAAGAAGAUGAUUUCUUAGAAGCGGUUUCAAACAUGUCGAGAUUGAGGCAUCCAAACAUUGUUCCCUUGGCUGGAUACUGCACUGAGCAUGGUCAACGUCUUCUGGUCUAUGAGUAUGUAGGAAAUGGGAAUCUAGAUGAUAUGCUUCAUUUGAAUGAUGAUAGAAGCAUGGCGUUGACUUGGAAUGCGCGUGUUAAAGUAGCUCUUGGAACUGCCAAGGCUUUAGAGUACUUGCAUGAAGUUUGCUUGCCUUCAAUUGUACAUAGGAACUUCAAGUCGGCGAAUAUAUUGCUAGAUGAAGAACUUAAUCCUCACUUAUCAGACUGUGGCUUAGCUGCUUUAAAUCCCAACACGGAGAGACAGGUUUCAACUCAAGUGGUGGGCUCAUUUGGAUACAGUGCUCCCGAGUUUGCAUUGUCAGGAGUUUAUACUGUGAAAAGUGAUGUAUACACUUUUGGAGUAGUCAUGCUUGAGCUCUUAACUGGCCGGAAACCUCUUGACAGCUCGAGACCAAGACCAGAGCAAUCACUAGUGAGAUGGGCUACACCGCAGCUUCAUGACAUAGAUGCUUUGUCGAAAAUGGUUGAUCCUUCUCUUAAUGGGAUGUAUCCAGCUAAGUCACUGUCUCGUUUUGCAGAUAUCAUUGCUCUCUGUAUUCAGCCGGAGCCAGAGUUCAGGCCUCCAAUGUCAGAGGUGGUUCAACAGCUAGUGCGAUUGGUUCAACGAGCAAGUGUAGUCAAACGAAGAUCUAGUGAUGAUACUGGAUUCUCUUACAGGACACCUGAACAUGAACAUAUCGAUCUCUCUUUCUGA